UAUCAUUAUGUUUUCUACGAGACGAAAAUCAGCAACUACUGCAGCGAGUUACAUAAAUCGUCAGCGUAACUACGGCAAAAUAUAAGUAUGAUUUGAACUUCUCAUGCCAAUUCACAAACGCAAUGGCUUCUUCCAUAAACGCUGUCGAAGAUCAAUUGAGUAAAACAUUAGAGUCCCUUCAAACAGAAGAAAAAUCAAGUAGCCUGCAAGAGAAAAUCGAUGAAAUCAUCAGCAGCUACAAUGAAAAGGAGAAUCGGAAAGUAAAUUUACGAUUUAAGGCCAUUGGAAGAACUCCUUUGCUUCGUAAAAACGUAUUUGCAAUAAAUGCAAGUCAUCGCUUUGACAAGGUUAUUCGAUUUUUAAAGAAAGAACUUGGCUUUAAACCAGAUUCUUCCUUGUUACUCUAUGUGAACUACUGUUUUGCUCCCGCUCCCGAUGAAAUUAUUGGCAAUUUAUAUGACAACUUUAGUGUUGACGGUUAUCUUCUCAUUUAUUAUUGUGUGAAUGUAGCUUUUGGCUGAUUUCACUACUCUAAGUUUAUUCUCUCAUUCUUUCAGUACAACAAUUAUGUAUUCUUAUCUUAUAUUACUUGAAUGAAUAUUAUGUAACAAACCUA